AUGGCAAAUAUUACUCGUCAAGAUGUUGAACGUCUUCUUCAACAAAAAUUAGCUGAACUUAAUCACAUGGAAAUUACGUUAAAAAAAGAGUUUACUUCAAUAGUUGAUGCGAGUUUAGAAUACCUUAUAAAAUCUGAUAUUUUACCAAACAAAUAUUCACGUGCACUUCAAUUAAUCGACCGCUUGUCUAAAGGCACAAUUAAAUCCGCAAUUAGUCGAGGACUAGGUUCAAUCAUUGGUCAUGCAAUCACUUUCGAUACUAUUCGAGCUACUCAUGCAGCAAUGGAAGAAGUUUUAAAAUGGUUAGACAAUACAAAUGAACAAGAUCCGGAUAAAAUCGGUUAUAUUAUUGAUGAAUAUAUUCGUUUUUACUCAGUUUAUUAUGGUGAAGACUCUACUCUCGAAGACUCAUCUAUAUUGAAACAAUUUGAACCGGAUUUAGCAUUUCGAAAAUAUCGCAAAUAA